AUGGAGCGCGUCAGAGACCCUAACAACCCAUGGCUCAAGCGCGUCUUGGUUCCCUUCUGGUUUAUAAGAGGACUGGUUGAAGUGUUUUUCAUCGGCGGCACAAUAUACCUCAUGGCUGCCCGCGGUAAUACAAGAAGCUCGCAAGGCUCCUACCUUGUAACUCUUCUAUUCAAUCUUACCUUGGCCGCGUUAGACAUCGCAUCCAUAGUGCUCUAUAGCCGACACAGUUUAAAGCCGAAGACUUUCCUCACCUUCAACGUCAUCGGCUGCGCGAUCUGGCUCAUCGUCUUCGCGAUGACGAUACCCUAUGCCAUGCACGGGGACUACCUUAGCAUCACCAUAGCCUUCGUAAUAUUGUGCGUCUCCUCCACCUCCGCAAUCAGCCCCGCCCCCUCCCCAACCAACCAAGCUAACCAACCCGGCCAUCCCAGGCUUAUAUGGCUCGGCCCCCUCAUCUAUGCCUCCGUGAUCUACCACCGCACCCGCAAGGCCCCAACGCGCGGGCAAUACGCCCCCACAGCCAACGCCGCAGAACUCUACGCCGGCACGCCCUAUGCGCCCGUUGAGCUCUCAUCCACCGCUUCGCAGCAGAAUCCGUACCAGCAAAGCCCGUAUCAGAUCUCCCCGCAAGAAUAUUACUCCCAUAAUGCCGCACCGCCGCCACCACAACCGACGUUACCGCAGUCGACAGCAUACAUGCAAACGACGUCGCCUCAAUCGACUGAAUAUAUACUUCCACCGCCGCAUCCGAGCCAGAGUCCUGCGCCGUAUGUCAUGCCGGCAAGACACCCGUCUGCACAGCAGGGGCCGUACGUGAUGCCAGCGCCGUAUCCGCAUAAGAGUGGUAUUGGAGAGGCGGAGGUGAUGGAGAUGCCGGCUACAAGAUGA